AUGGAGUCUUUAGAGGAACUUUAUUUAGACGGAAGUGGUAUGAGAGAGCUGCCGCUUGUUAUGAAAAACCUCAAACGUCUAAGCUUUGCUAGAUCAUCAACUUCAAGGGAUGGCAUUGGCAUUGGCAUUGGGUGGGGCCUUGACCGUUUAUCUGGAAUUAGAAAGAGUCAUCCUGACCCCUGGGAAUAUUUAACAUUUCAUGGAAACAAUUUCAUUAGCCUUCCCGUGAGCAUUACAUUCCUUUCUAAGCUUAAGUCCCGGGACUUGAGGCGGUGCCAAAGGCUUGAGCAAUUGCCAGAUCUUCCGUCAACGACAUUAUUUGUAUAUGCAGACGAUUGUACUACCUUAAAAAGGUUGUCCGAUCCAUCUAAGCUGAGCGAAGGAGCCAAAGUGUACCAUUUUGAGUUCACUUGUCUUAAUUGCUUCAGAUUGGUUGAAGAAGGCUGGAUUAAUAGAAUAUUUGCAAUGAUAAUGAUUCCUCUCCGUACCUUUUUGUAUGGCCUGGAAGUGAAAUUCCAGAUUGGUUUGAUAAUCGAAAUGUCACAACACCUUUGGGUUUUUGUUUGCCUCGCGAUCAUCCCAGCUUCAUGGAUGCCUCAAGCAGUCAUUGGUUUUCAUUCGAAGCACAUUAUUGCUGUCCCAAUUGGUAGUAGUGGAAGUGGUAGCUCUGAUGACGAAAUUGAACCAGGAAGUGAUAGCUCUGAUGACAACCAUGAACCUGGAAUUGGUAGCUCUGAUGACGACAAUGAACCAGGAAGUUAUAGCUCUGACGACGACGAUGAACCAAUCAGCAAAAUAUUCAAGAAAAUGAAUCGGGAAAAACUUAUGAAGAUGGCCGGUGUGGUUCGCACUGGUGGAAAGGGUAGCAUGAGGAGGUGGGUGAAAUUUCAGAAUGAAACUCCUUUUCUCUACCAAGUUGAUUCACAGAAGCUGACAUUCAGAAAGGAGAAGGCUGUUCACAAGACAGCUACCACAGACGACAAAAGGCUUCAGAGCACCAUUAAGAGAAUAGGGCAUGAACACUAUUCCUUCAAUCAAGUUAACAUAUUUAUGGAUGAUGUUGUCAUCCAGUCCAUAAACCCCAGAGGGCCAGAUAACUCAGACAAUUUGAUGAAACUGGCAGAGCAGUUCCAGAAGCAAGCGCCUGGUGCUGGUGCUGGUGCUGCUGGUGGAACCACUCCACAAGAGGAUGAUGAUGACGAGGUCCCUGAGCUUGUUUCUGGUGAGGCCUUUGAAGCUGCUGAGGAGGAGAAACAAGCUUCGUAG